AUGUCUGAGGAAAAGACUUGUUCCCAGAAGGUCGAGGAUGACAGUACCGGCAGUACGGAGGUGUAUGAUCCUAGUACGACUGACCGAUCUGUUCAACAUACAGUGGAGUUGGAUCCUGCUGCUGAGUCCCGGCUGCGAUUGAAGAUCGACCUCUACAUCGUCCCCGUCGCGUCCCUGAUGUACCUCUUUUGCUUCAUUGAUCGAGCAAACAUUGGGAAUGCGAAACUGGCCGGGCUUGAAGAAGACCUGGGGUUGACAGGCUAUGACUAUAACACCUUGCUCUCUGUGUUUUAUAUUUCCUAUAUUAUCUUCGAGAUCCCGUCCAAUAUGGCCUGCAAGUGGCUUGGUCCGGGUUGGGUCAUUCCUGCCCUGACCUUGGGGUUUGGGAUAUGUUCUUUGUGCACGGCAUUUGUCCACAACUUAUCAAGUGCUGCGGGGGUGCGCUUCCUCUUGGGUGCCUUUGAGGCAGGAUUACUGCCUGGCAUCUCAUACUAUCUGUCGCGGUGGUAUCGGAGAAGGGAACUUGCGUUUCGCAUCUCCAUGUACAUGGUGAUGGCCCCUCUAGCCGGUGCCUUCGGCGGUCUGCUUGCUUCGGGCAUCUUGAAACUUUCUUCCUUCGGCAGUUUGAAAGAGUGGCGCAUGAUCUUUGCCAUUGAGGGUAUCAUAACGAUCGGGGUUGCUAUUUUUGCAUUCCUGACCCUCACAGAUCGACCCGAAACCGCCCGCUGGCUGACGCAGGAGGAAAAGGAACUGGCCGUUGCGCGGAUCCGCUCCGAGUCAGAGUACGCAGGCGUGACCGAAGUCCUGGACAAGCUCGACAUGAAGAAGACCAUGCGCGGGAUCUUCAACCCGGUCACAUUGGCGACGGCUUGGAUCAUGCUCCUUGUGAAUGUGACAGUCCAGGGGCUAGCCUUCUUUGCGCCUACCAUCGUGAAGACGAUCUACCCAGACCACAGCGUCAUCUCCCAGCAGCUCUACACAGUGCCGCCCUACAUCAUCGGCGCUUUCUCCACACUCUUAAUCCCCUACCUGAGCUCGCGUUUCAAUCGCCGCCUCCUCUUCUUUGUUCUUGCACCCCCCCUCAUGAUGGCUGGAUAUAUAAUGUUUCUAGCCAGUGCCGACCCUCACGUUCGUUACGGCGCCACCUUUUUGAUUGCAUUCGGCUCUUUCCCUGUGGGUGUCCUUUGCAACGCUCAUUCCGCAGCCAACGUCGUCUCAGACACCGCUCGUGCGUCAGCAAUUGGAACUGUGGUCAUGCUGGGUAAUAUCGGCGGCUUGGUCGCCACCUGGUCCUUCCUGCCAUUUGACGCCCCCAACUAUUAUAUCGGCAAUGGCCUCAACCUAGCCACGGGGGCAGCAACUCUCGUAACGUCAGCCGGUCUUUGGUUCUGGUCAGUUUGGGACAAUAAGAGACGGGACAAACAGGAUGUGGACCGGGUGCUUGAUGGGAUGACUGGCCGACAGAUAGAGGAUCUAGAAUGGCGACAUCCCAGGUUCCGCUGGAGAUUGUGA